AUGGCUGAACUAGAUUUGAAAGUAGGUAUGAAGUUUGAGACAAGAGCCAAUUUUAGGGAUGUGCUGAGGGAUUGGGCUGUGAGGAGGGGAUGGGAUUUGAAGUUGGUGAAAAAUGAAAAACACUUGAUAAUUGCAACAUGCAAAAAUGGGUGUAAUUGGAAGUUGAGGGCAUCUUCAGUCAUGAAAUCCACAACAUUUCAGAUAAAGUCUAUUAAGGGAGAAUAUACCUGUGCACGUGAUGUGAAAGAGCAAUAUGCAAGACUUUAUGACUACUUUCAUACAGUAGUCAAACAUAAUCCACGGAGCUCUAUAAUAAUGAAGCUGAACAAAGAAGUGAAUCCACCUGUUUUACAAAGAAUGUAUUUUUGCCUGAGAGGCAUGAGAGAUGGUUUCAUUGAGGGGUGUAGACCAUUAAUUGGAUUGGAUGGGUGUUUUCUGAAGGGGUUAUUCAAAGGGCAGUUGUUGGCUGCUAUUGGGAGGGAUCCAAAUGACAACAUUUAUCUAAUUGCUGUUGCGUAUGUAGAGGUUGAGAAAUAUGAUAGUUGGGAGUGGUUUUUGAACCUUUUGCUUAGAGAUAUAGGCUUACAAAAUGAGAGGGGAUGGGCCUUGAUUUCAAAUAGGCAGAAGGGGUUACUAGAGGCCAUUGCUGAACUGGCACCUAGGGCUGAACACAGAUUCUGUUUAAGGCACAUGUAUAAUAAUUUUAAAGAAAAAUUUAAAGGGCAACAACUAAAAAAGAUGUUUUGGAAAGCUGCAUCAACUUACAGUGUUAACCAACACUUGAAAACAAUGGCUGAGAUUGAAAAAAUGUACCCAAAAAAAGAUGCUGAACAAACACCAUACGAAUGGUUGGCUGAAAUACCUCCAGUGCAUUGGGCAAGAUGUUUCUUCCCAACUAAGACAAAGUGUGAUGUGCUUAUGAAUAACAUGAACGAAUCCUUCGAUCAUAUUAUCCUGGAGGCAAGGGAAUUACCAAUAAUUCAGAUGUUUGAAUGGAUAAGAAAUAAGUUCAUGGGAAGAAUUCAAGUGAAAAGAGAGGGGAUGGAAAAAUACGAGGGGGUUGUUUGUCCUAAUACCAUGAAGAAAACUGAAGUGCAAAGGCUGGAAAGUAGAAACUGCUUUCCUUAUUGGGCAGGGGAAGACAAAUACGAGGUAAUGCAUUUUAUGCAAAACCACAUAGUCUACCUCAAGGAGAAGUUUUGCAGUUGUGGCAUGUUUCAGCUUGUGGGAUAUCCUUGCUGUCAUGUCAUUGCUGCAAUUGAUUAUCAUAGGCUGAAAGUAGAGGAUUUCAUUGAUAAUGUUUCAAGAAGGAAGUGUAUUUAA